AUGGUCAGCUCCCACGAGAAUGCCACCAAUUCUCUUCUCCUGUGGGAAAUGUACCUCACUUCUUCAUCGUCCUUUCUCUGUGCUCCCCCUGUCAACAGUGAAGAGGAGGCCGAGAAGUUAUCCAUGUUCCUCUCCGUUUGCGAUUUCAGUGCUAUCAAGAAGGACCCGGGAAAUUGGACCACGUACGGCUACCAUAUUCGGUAUUGCUUAGCCCGGGAGGUCGACCUCGACUGUUCCCUCAACCUUGAUGUUGUCAUCAUGGCGGUCAUGAUUAUGUGUAACACGCUCCUGCUCGCUCUGAUGAUUUUUACCCUGACAGCCCUGUGGGCCACCACGCGGAAAUCCCUGGCCGUCCACGGCGAUGUCAUCUCGAACUACUUGUUGACAGAAGACGACUAUACUCAGGGGAUGUGUGUCGCCGACAAGUCCCGAAUCAAAUACUACUGGAGCCAUCGCGGCGAAGCCAUGAGACUCCACGCCUCGCCGCACAGGUGGUACCAGUCCAUGAACCGUAGACGGCUGUUUCUUCUCAUUGGCAUCUUUGUGGCCGGCCUGGCCCUCGUUGUUAUCAUUACGGCCUACGCACUGUACAUUGUCAGCCACGACCGUCACCUGUCCCUCUCGUGGCAUAGUCUUUGGGAUCUCGGAUUUGGCAGCACCACCGUCUCUGGCGAACUCAACAUAAAUGAAAGUGGUUCGGUGACCACCUUGGCCUUUGUGUCGAACAUACCCCAGGUCUUCCUUGCAGUGGUCACUCUUGUCACGAAUGCCGCUUUGAUCGAAAUGACACAAGCAGCUGACUACGCUCAAUUCGCCAUCAAGAGCCAACGACUCCGGGUUAGCGAGGCCGUCGGGUCACAGGAGGGUACAUAUCUUCUCGGCAUGCCGCUUAAAUACGCCAUUCCCACAAUCACCGUCACACGCCUUCUCCACUGGUGCGUGUCGCAGUCCAUUGUCCCUGUGAAAGUGACAUCGUACCCCACGGAUUCUGACCCCUACGAUCUGGAUUUGGGCACGGCAGACCUGGCUUUCUCGCCUCUGGCAAUUAUUGCGAGUACCAUCAUGGCCGGCAUCCUUGUGCUCUCAACACUGCUCCUCGGUCUGAAAAAGUUGAAAGGGCCCAUGCCGCUGGCCAGUAGCUGUAGUCUUGCGCUGAGUGCGGCUGUGCAUCCUCACGAAGACACCAUCGAUCAGACUGCCAUCUAUGGGCCAGUGAGGUGGGGUGUGACAGAGUUUGAGGAAGGCGCAGAGGGAAAGGUGGGACAUUUGUCCUUCAUGUCAAGCAGGAGAGCCAUGUUGAAGAUUGACAAUACUGCUAGGUAUAGGUGA